CGCGCAACUUAUCAUGUGAAUCUAGAUUACAACAGUAUAUAGAUCGACCUUAGCUUGUCAUGUAAACGAUAACUGGAUAUAAGACUAGUAGAGAGAUAAACACAUUCUCAGUAAUUCCCCUCUUAUCAUUGACGCGCAUGGAAUAACGUUAUCAAUAAUUUCAUAAUUUAACACAACAUAGAGAACUCUUCUUAUUGAUAUUGAUCAUGAACAUAUGAAGAUGACGUCCACUAAAGUCACGAGCAAACCAGAAUCCAAGACAGCAGAGUUGAGAGAGAGCUCUUCGAGUUACGAAAGUAUAAAGCCCAGUGACGAGUUCCUAUACAUUUUCAACCAAUCAUGGACAUAUAGGACAAAUCGCAAUAUUUUUAGCAAAAAACAAGCUGAAAUAAUGAAUAUGACUAUGGACAAAUUGUUUAAUAUCAUAAUCGACUCGCGAAAGCCAAAAUUAAAUGAUACAAUAAUUCUUGCAUACAGUUAUCAAAAUAUGUGUCAUGCACACGUUCAGUCAGAUGAGGAAGAAGAACUAUAUAUUGCGAAAGACUUUAUUUUGCGUUGUGUGCGUUUGAUAAAAGAUAAAGAGAUGAAUUCCAAAUAUAUUUUGAUAGCUUUAAAAGCCUACAAUCAUUUAGGUUAUAUUUAUUAUAAACAAAAUAAAAUAGACCAAGCUAUAAAAAUAUAUGAUAAAGCUGUAGAAUUAUAUUUAUCAUAUACACAAGCAAUUGAAGAGUACGGUAUUCCCGUUGAUUUUGAAAAUUUAAUUAAGCCAUCUGAAAAUCUAAAUGGUCACGAAAAGCUAAAGAAUGUAUAUAUAUUUAUUUUAGAAUCAUUAAUAGAUAUACAUACAGAAACGGUACCAAAAAAUGAUCACAACUUAAUGAUAUGCAGACAUUUGCUUUUGGUUGCUGAAUUUAAAAGAUUACCACAAACUACAAAUUAUCUCAAGUGGAUUGAAAAAGCAUCGAUAUUAUGUGAGUGUUUAUUAAAGUACAAUCGUUUCAUUGAAGCUGAAAAUCAUCUUAUAAUUAUGUGGUAUGUAAAAAAAAUCUACAUUGAUAAAAAAUAUAAAGAAAUUAAAGAUAGGAGACAAGAAUAUUCCUUGGAAAUAUCUAAGUUGAAUAAAGAGUCUAAUAUCGCAAUGUAUUACAUUAGUGAGUAUACGGUGAGGUAUUUACUUGCUCUUAUGCAUUUGUCGGCGCAGCGAUUAUUGCGAUUAGAAAAGGUCACAGAUUCUGAGAGUGACAAUCUACCAUCAAAUUCGAAGGGACGGACUAUGCCGAACUUACUAUUAUUUCAUAAAACAGAACUAGAGAAUCCAAUUCGAAAUAAUGACAAAUUAAUGACGAUUCCAUAUAUCACAGAUUAUAAUACUGCUUAUAAAAACUUUACUAUUGUCCUGAAAUGUGCUUACAACUGGCUGUCAUAUGUGAAGAGUACUAUGGAUAUAAAAAAAUUUACACAAUUUACAUUAAACAUUUCUAACGCAUACAAAUAUAUGGCUCUCUAUGAGCAGGAUACAGCCAGCCAGAUUUUACUACAAAAUCAGCGUAUAGAUAUUUUAUCGAGUGCUAUACAAGUAAUAUCUUUAGAACAUCUUAGCAUGUUGAAGUAUCUGUGGCUUCAACUGGCAUUUACUUAUUCAACCGUAAUAAACAUAAAGUUUGAACAUUUGGAGACAAUUCAUCCACUGUAUAUGCCACAAAAACAUAAUACAAUUAUGCUUGAAAUUAACAAUCUAUUAAAGAAUGCUCUUAUAAAUUUGAACAUGUACAUGCAACAUACACCAUGCACUACACGUGUGUGACAUACACGGGAAUUUGAUAUAAUGACAAAUUAUUGUUACUUAAAAAUAACAGUUAGCGAAUUUUUUAUUAGUUCCACAAAUUGAUAGAAAUGUACUCAAUAAUAUUACAGUCUUGAUGUUGGAAAAGAAAUAAUUAAAUUAUUUUAAUGUUUAUAAAAUAUUUAGUUAAUAAGAAAAUGGUUUUAUAUGUAAGAAUAUACUAUAGUUAGUAGCAUUUUUAUUUGUGCGUAUAUUGAAUAGUUAAGCUUGUUAAAUUAGUUUUUAUUGUGUGAGAUAAAAUAAUUAUUUUAAUACAAUAAAAAAAUUGUUGGAAAUUACGUAGAUAACUUAAGGGAGUGCUGGAGUUGAUGACGAACUGAAACAGUGUCAAUAAUGUAGAAACAAUCGUCACUAACAUAAUUACGCUAUCCUUUUUAUAUUUCUUGUAUAUACAGAACUUACAUGAAUGUGUGUUGCUUUGUUUUACCAUAUUCAACGGAAAACCUAAUCAUAUAUGUGUGGGAAUCUUUCUGCACACUUUUUCGAUAUUUUUAAGCUUCCAAAUGCAUAUGCGAAGGUAGAGCAAUGUUCUUCAAAAUUUUUGUUUGGAGCAUUUACACUUUUAUAGAAGCUGCGAAACUUUUUGAUUAGACAAAUAUUACGCUGACAGUUUGAGAUUUUACAUUCAAAAUUUUUUGUUCGUUUUUGUCACAUAUCAAGCAAUGCUCCUAUUUAUUUUUGCACGUACUUUCAUUGCGUAAAAGCAUUUGUAAUUCUGUAUAAUCAACACGACGUAAACUUUGCAGAAAAAUGUCAGUGUUCUGUCGAUAAAGUUUUCAGCUUCAGCAUUCCCUUAAACAGAUCAAUUCUAUCGAUAAAAAGUUUCACAAGAUCAAACGAUAGGAUAAGUAAUAUAAAAUAUCAGAACUGCUGUAUCUUAAAAUUGUUCAACUUUUAUAUUAAAAUAAUUUAUUCUAAGAAUAGUUUAUUGCAAUUUGGUCGCUGAAUCGAAUUGUCCAUUGUAAAUUGGUUAAAAAAUAAGUUUUUAUUUUAUUAAACAGUAGAAUUAUUUUAGAACUAUUUUUACUAAUAGUACAUUUGUAGAAA